AUGGAGGCAGACGCGACGAAAUUGAUUGCUUUUGAUCUUCACAUGGAGAUGUUUCGAGUCAUUCCAAAUCCUAUUAUUGAGACAUCAUCAUCAUCUGUUGUUGAUAUGGACUUCGGCAGCAUAGACGAUGACCGUCGUCUUGUGUGGGCUUUAGAGACAAAUGGAGAUGGCAUGCAACACGUUUGGAGGCUCACAAACCACAACACUGGAGGGGCAUUAUUGAAAAUGGACAAGAUGUUCUCCAUUGACUUGAACAAGAUUAACCCCACUUACUAUAUGCAUCCUGAUAAUUCUAAGCUCUUCCACCUUGAGGCAAUUUCGAAGAAUGGUAACAAGGUGAUGCUCUUUGAACAGUUCCAAGAUCCCCUCAUGUUUCAACCCCUAAACUCUACAUAUCACAUCUUGUCUUGUUCAACUUUUCCUGUUGGUGACGGUAUCCUUACUCCUUUUUUCCCAAGUUUAGUCUCUCCCUUAAGGAAUUAA